CUUCUCUUUCCUUAUUUCUUACUUGAGACUUGAGAGCAGAGAAAGAGAAAAUGGCGUCGUCAGUCAACUUUUCCGUCGUUGAGGAUAAUGACCUUGACGACGCAGAGCUUUGGGCCGUGAUAGAUUCGGCAGCCGCCGCCUCUUACUCCUUCAAAUCUCGCAAACCUCUCGCGCUGAAGCAUUCUAGUCUUCAGGUUCACAGUCCAGUUCCGAAUAAUCCCUCUCUUGUGACCAAAUUCUCUAAAAAUUCUCGGAGCCAUUACACGUUGGAGAAAGAUGUCAGGGUUUCAGCUGAUGGAGAGGUCUUACAAGAGCCAUGGAUUCGUCAGCGUCCACAGAAAAUCGCAAGAUCCCGUGGUCCUGAUUGCGCUGAAGAUAAUCGAGUAGUUGUCUUGAAGCAUAUGCAGCGGACUCCAACGACACCGUCCUCAUACUCAUCGCCAGACUCUGGGAGGUUACUUGAUCAAGAGAUUAGUCCUGCUUCAUGUGGCUCUCCGUCCUAUUUCAGGAGGAAUGAAGACAAUAAUAAAACGCCACAUAGCUUAUCCGGCCAGUUUCCUUCCGUCUCUCUUUUCAAGGAAUACCAGAAUGCGGCCAUGGCGAUUCUAGAGAAAUCUGAUUACACUGUAAUUUCUGGGAGCCCAUUUAUAAAGAAAUCAGGAUGGAGAAAGAUAUCAUUUUACUUCAAUUUAUCCUUUGAAAUUAAAGACAAGACUAUUGAAUUUGAUGAGAACCGAAAUGUGCAGCGAGCUGAAUUUGUGGUUCGUGCAUAUAUGCAAGGUGGUAGGUUCUCAGAUGGAUGGGGGUCAUGUGAACGUCGUGAGAAACGCUUUUUGAAACCAAACCAUGACAUUCCCAGCACAGCAGAAACCAGAGCUAAGAAUAAAGCAUGCCAGGAUUUGCUUGGAAUUGGAGAGUAUCGACCUGGUGCUACCAAUGCUGGUCGAUAAAUGUAGAUUAAUCAGUGUACUGGGAAAGGGAUCCCAGCUCAUUCUCAUCCGGAAUGAUAUGUGGAGAAGUCAACAUCAUGGGUUGGAAAACGAUUCACCCAUAAAAACUCUACACACAGAGACAUUAAAAGUCUAA